AUGGCGUCUCCUACACCAUCAUCACAGGCGCUGGCCAAGCGGUCCCAGGACAACCAGCUUAUGCCGCCGCCCCCACCCCCGAAACGGAUCAAACGCCCCGCAACCGUCCUCGACGAAGAUAUCUACACCGACGCCCUAUCACACAUCAUCGCCCGGGACUUCUUCCCGGGUCUGCUCGAGACGCAGACUAAGCAGGAGUACCUUGAUGCGCUGGAAUCCAAGGAUAAGCAGUGGAUCACGAGCGCGAAGAAGAAACUCGCUGAUGUCAUGCGAACACCGAUUCCCGGCAGCAGAACACCCGCUCGAACGCCACAACCGCAACACUUUGCUGGGGGGAGUGAAACACCGCGCGGCUGGGGAGGUGAGACUCCCAUGUCCGUUGCAUCAGCCACAACAGCAGAAGAGAGGGAGCAGGAUAAUAUUCCCGAUGUAUCGAAUUUGGGAUUGCUAGCAUUUCAGGCGAAAUACACCAGCGAAGACAACGAGUCCUUCAACAAGGUUUUAGACAAGCAGAAUGCAAAGAAGCGUGAGAAACAUGCCUGGCUGUGGAAUCAAAACAAAAUUCCAUCGGCCCGCCAAAUCGCUCACCACGAAAGUGAACGGAAACGCAUCACUGCUCAGGGCGGGAACCCGGAGAGCAGUCUGAUCAAGCGCGACGACCAGCAACCGGCUAUCAAAACGGACCUGAACUCCCGUCCCGCUAGACCGGAUGGAUGGGAUGCUCGACCGGAUAACUCGCUCAUGUUUCUCCCGUCUUCGGUUGAGGAUACACAUGAGACAAUCCAGCAGAAAGCAGAGGCGGCCUCGCGAGCGGGACCUAAACGAGUUCUAUACCAAAACACACGGCUCGUUGACCAGGAUGCUGCGGCUGCCGCGGACGCAGUCCCGCCCUCGCCGUCUCUUUCUGCCAUCCAGGACGCUAUCGCGGGCAAACCCCGUCUCAGCGAGUCGGAAGCUGCGUCCGCCGUUCCAGGGGGUGAAACUCCACGUGUAAACGGCUACGCCUUUGUCGACGAAGACGAGCCCGAGCCUGAACUAGCUGAGACAGAAGCAGACUGGCGUCUUCUGGGUGCGAGUACAGACACAACCCCGAACCCCUUCCAGCUUCGCGAAACCCGCAAACGCGAAGCCCUGCACCACAGGAUGGUGGACAGAGUUGCGCGCAACAAACGCAUUGAAAAGGUCGCCAGAUCCACCAAGACACCUGUUUCAUCUACACCGCGCUUCGCUAGUAGUCCACGAGUGGACUUUGGUCUUCGCGGCACUCCGGGUGGUAGUGGACACAACCAGAAGAUGCUCACUCCUGCGGCGCAGAAGUUGCUACAUCGUGUUGGUGGGAGUACCCCGCGGACGGCGGGGGGCAAUUCGGGUGAGAAGAAUAUGUGGACGCCUACCCCGAGGAGGAAGUGA